AUGCCUCCUAGUGCGUCCAAUGCCAACAAGAAGGGGAAAGGCAGGGCUACCCAGGCCGAACCCGAGAGUUCUGACGUCGAGGAGCAGGAGGAGCAGGUCCCCUCUGGCGCUUUGAGCAACAAGGAUAUUGAAUCUCGCGCUGGAAUGUUGGUCAGGUUCGCUCUUUUUCAGGAAUACAGACGGGUUCCGAUAAGACGCGCUGAUGCCGCGAAAGAAGUUGUUCCCAACAACAAGAGAUCCUUCAAGGCUGUCUUUGUGCGAGCUCAGGAAAUAUUGCGCGAGACUUUUGGCUGUGAAUUGAUUGAACUUCGAAAGAAGAAUGAGGGUGCUGCCGCCCCCGACGCUUCUGUCAGUGCCCAGCAGAGCCAAGCUGCAGCUACCCAGUCAAAGAAAAACAAGGGAAAGGGGCGAGCAAGGCCAUCCAAUGGAGGACUGAACGCCGUGGAAGAAGAAGAGGAGGAGGAUGAGGAAGACGAUGAGCCUGCCGCUACGCAAAGGGCCAAAGAAACCGGUUCUGGUGUCUAUAUUCUCCAAUCCACCUUGCCCAGCUCAAUCAUCGACUUCAUGAAUGACCCAAGACCUCUUCCUCAGGAGACACAAGACCAGGUCGAGGAAGAGGAGGAUUCUGGGGCUCUUUUACCCUGGGACAAGGCGGAUGGUGGCGUCAUUGGUCACGUUGGACUUAUGGGCCUUCGGACGCUCAUCUUGUCUCUUAUCAUGGGUCUUGGACGAACUGUCUCUGAUGACAACCUGCACGCUCUGCUCAAACGUCUCAACCUCCAUCGCGAGACCGUCCUGCCUUACUCUUCCAAAGACAACACUGGCGACUUGUUGACUCUCGACAAGUUCUUGGACCAGCUUGCCAGAACGCGAUAUCUCGAAAAAAUUGAUAUUCCUGGGCACGGGGGUGGGCGCGAAGGGGCGUCCUGCGAAUGGAAGUGGGGUGCUAGGGCCGAGGUUGAGUUCUCCACGAAGGCUGCCGCAGAAUUCAUCGAAGAGAUUAUGAUUGGCAAAGAGGGCGAGUCUGAUGAUGAAGAGGAGGAGGAGCAACCCCGACGAGGCGCCAACUCUCGUGCCAGGGGAGGAGAGGAGCCACAGGAGACCAAUGCCCACAAGAGGCGCAAACUCAGGGAGGAUCUGGUCAAGGCUUCUGGUCUCCCACUGACGGGUAGGGACUAG